AUGGCAUUGUUCAUAUCCUUGGCGUACAUUGCGAUAGCACUCGAUGCAACAGGGCUCUUACGAUUCCUCGCUUUUUGGGUCGUUCGAAAAGGGGGCUCCUCUGGACAUCGAUUAUACCUAUUUUUAUAUAUAUUCUUUUUCGUAUUUGGAGUUAUUGUUGGAAAUGACCCGAUCAUACUUUCGGGAACCGCGUUUUUGGCAUAUCUCACAAAGGUAGCUGGAAUAGCACCGCCCACAGCAUGGAUAUUCGCACAAUUUUGUGCUUGCAACAUCGCAUCGGCUGUCCUAGUAUCAUCCAACCCAACAAACCUUGUCGUUGCCGGCGGCUUCGAGAUCUCGUUCUUGGUCUUCACGGCUAAUCUGGUACUUCCUGUGUUCGCAUCUGCCAUCGCGGUCUAUCCUGUUUUACGAUGGUUCCUGUUUCGAUCAGAAGAUUUGAUCCCGGUAUCCAUCUAUGCGCAAGAUCUUGAUCCAAAAGCUGCCUUGGUAGAUAGCCACGGGGCGAUAUUUGGAUCUUCUCUGAUGCUCACAACGCUCAUGGUUCUCGUUGGAACUAGUGCUGGUGGAUUACACGUCGAAGUCUGGAUGAUAACGGUACCUGCGGCGAUUAUCAUGUUUAUUCGUGAUGUUUUGCACGACAUCAAUUCUCAUCGGCGAAAGGCCGAGGUCAAAUCCAAAUCCAACCCGAGUUCACCAAUUGAGCCGCAUCACUCUGGUGGCCCGAUACCUAGCGACGUUGGGAGACUCCCAAAGAAAAUGACAACAUCGAGCUGGCUAGAUUCCCGUCGGAAGCGACUCGUAGGAUUUCCAAUGGAUCAGUGCCCAAAAUUCCACACGAGCCUACGACACCAGAAUCGACAUUAUCAUUCAAGCUGGCUCGACGAUUUCCUACCCCCCUCACGACACUCCGCGGCUGCCUUACCCUUUGCUUCCUUUCGCCUUUGCAAUGUUCAUACUUGUUCAAGGUCUUGCCUCAACUGGCUGGAUUGCAGUUUUGCAGGAUGGUGGGCCGCUUGGGCGCGGGCUGCCGGAUUACUAGGAGUUGUUGGAGGAAUGGGUUUCGUUUCCGUCUGUCUAUGCAAUCUAUGCGGUACCAACAUUGGAGCGACCAUUUUGCUUGCCCGUGUUAUACAAGUCUGGAUCCGAGUCAUGACCCAUCACCUCGGUCUCGUCAUGGAGCCAUCUAUGCGCUUGCCAUUGGCUCCAAUUAUGGCGCCUUUUCCACCGUAUUCUCUGCGUCCUGGCGGGCCUGCUCUGGCGAGACAUCUUGCGCCAAAAGGGCAUUAUCGUGAAACGCUCGGAAUUUGCCAAGUUGAAUCUUGCUUUGAUCUUCGUCUCGAUGUUGGUGGGAUGCAGUGUUUUAGUCGCUCAGAUUUAUGUUCGACCACCGACUUAAAAAUUAAGUCGGAUAAACUUGUAGAUCUAGUUGGCUUUGAAGCCAUUUAUUUUCUGUUUUAG